AUGAGAACUGAGAGGGAGGUGAUGUCAAGAGAGGCUGUAAUUGUGGCGCUGGACGCAAAAAGGAGAAGAGGAAGCGUGGAAAUAGUGGAAUGGGCCUUCAGCUACUUGGUUCGUCCAGGAGACAUCCUCCUUGUCUUGGGAGUUCUGCAAGAUGAUCAACUCCCCAAGAAGCAUCCCUGCUUUCCAUUCUUCAAUAUUUUCUCCGCCACCAGCGCAUGCGAGCGUUCAGAAAUGGUGGACGAUGAGGACCCGGAUUCUGUAGUGAUUAAAGAGAAAUAUGCGAAAAGGAGAGGAGAGUACCAGACUGGCCUCCAAACUAUAAACUGCCUAUGCCAAAGCAAUGAGGUGAAGCUGCAAGUUAAAUUUGCGGUGGGGUAUUGUCCUGCGAGAUUGGCAAUUGAGGAAGCACGAAACCUUAAUAGUCGGUGGAUUUUACUGGACAGUCACUUUCGGAAGUCCAGACUUUUUCUUAGGGGACAUGUAAGCUGCAACAUUGCAGUAAUGAAGGAUAAAUAUUAUGCUACGUUGAUGCUAUCAAAUGAUACCCCACCUCACAUCUUUCCUAAGAUUAAUCCUGGAGAAAAUUACAAUUCAGAACAUGGUAUGGAAGUGCAUAGUAACAGUUUAGUUCCUGAUCAAUUACGAAUGUCAACUGCACCUGCACCUUAUCGACAAAAUCCUUGUUGCUACCCACUGUCUUGGAGAACUGGUUUCCCUCGAGUAUUUUCACAGAAAGAACUUGAAGUGAUAACAAAUGGCUUUACCGAUGACUAUGUUUCUAGAGAAGAAAAGAGCAUGAAAGUUUACGAAGGAAUAUUGCAAGACACAACUGUUUUAGUCAAGGCUUACGAAGAAGUGAAUAAAGGCUUCUGGUCAGUGCUAAAGAUCCUUUCUCGGGUAUGUCACCGAAAUAUCUUGAACCUCGUAGGGUACUGCUACACUGGUGCUGCUGCGUACUUGGUCUUCGACUUUCCAUGUUUGGGUAACAUUCAAAUGAACUUUCAAAUUGAGGAAUUGGCUAAGAAUCUGGGAUGGAGAGCAAGAUGGUCUAUUGCUCAAGAGAUAGGUGGAAGCUUGCGCUAUCUUCACGAGGAAUGCGCUGAUGCACCUAUUAUUCAUAAAUCUGUUUGUUCAUGUAAUGUUUCUCUUUCUCAUGAUUACUCUGCAAUGCUUGGCAACCUCAAAGAUGCUGAAUGGCUUGAUGGAGAUGUUGCCAGAUACUCAAAUUUCGAAGAAGACGAGCGCCUUUUCGUAGACAUACGUGGUUAUGGAAAAUUCAUCCUGGAGCUUAUUACAGGAAAAAGUGCAUGUUGCUUUCCAAACCAAGGGAAGGAUCAGUCCUUGAUUGACUGGGCAAUGCCACUACUAGAAAAUGGUGAGCUUAAGGAACUAAUGGACUGCCGAGUGUCAGAAACUGCUGGUGAUGCUAGAAUGGUACGUCACAUGGCCCAUGCUGCAUUGCGCUGCCUAAAUGUUGAUUCAGAUCAUAAGCUUUCGAUAAGCGAGGCCGUGGCAAUUGUUCGAGGUGAUGAACGUGUGGUAUCCAUUCAAGCACUGAAGAUUUUUGAAUGA